AAAUGUCCAUUAAAAACACUUAAAUUUUAAUUUCUUUACUGGGGUCAUUGAAGGUUUUGAAGAUAUAGGUUCUGGCAAACGCACAAACAAUGUGGCUGAUAAAGCUUUAGUUUUAUGUUACGGGGUUUGUUUUCUCCUUGGAAAAUUCCAAUUGCAUUUUAUUUUGCUCGAGAUGGGGUUAAAACAUUUGUUUUAAAAAAUAUUAUUAAAGAAAUAGUAUUAGCAGUUUUAAAUCUGGAUUCAUAGUAAGAGCUACAAUCAGUGACCAAGGUUCUGCCAAUGUUGCUGCUAUUAAGUCAUUAAUAUCAGAUUCUAAUGCUGAACUCCUACGUAGUAACAAAUAUACCAAUGACAUCUGUUAUAAAAUCGGCCCAAACCAACUGUACCAUAUCUAUGAUGUACCUCAUUUAUUGAAAUGUUUUCGCAAUAAUUUUCAGAAAAAAAACCUACUCAUUGGCAACCAAAGGGCAAAGUGGGAGUAUAUUGAGAGACUUUAUAAAGUGGAUGGUUUUGGUGGCAGAGCAAGAAGCACCAAACUUACUGAGAAGCACAUAAAUCCAACUUCAUAUGACAAAAUGAAGUAACAAUUUGACAUCGUCGGGAGAAUUAAUGGACUUCAGGAUCUUUAGGUCAUCAGCAAACAUGAAAGGUGUGGAAUGAUGCAAGCAAUUGAUAAUGUCAUUUAUGAACAUAUUAAAAAUAACAGUCCCAAAUGGGAGCCCUGUGGGCACCCCAGAAGCAAUAUGAUGGAAAUUGGAACUAAAACCAUUAAGAACCACAUGGUCAAAUUUGCAGCCCAAGUUUUUAGCCGGCAAGUGGCUACAUCACUAGAAAUCCAGAUGAAGUCUCUGCUAUCUCUCCAGGAUCAUGAUUACAUAAGUUUAAAUGAAGACAUUGGAAAUGGUUUGUUCACAGCAGAAAUUCUUCUUUUUAUAAAUAAUUUGUUUGAUAGUUUAAAUGGUUUUGGUCAUUAUGGGAAUAAGUUAAAACAUGCUCUUUCAUAUAAUUCGGAGCACAUUGCAUUCUGGAAUGAUGCUGUGAAAAAGCUAGCUUCAAUGCGCUUUGACGCUUCCAAUGAAAGGGAAAGGAAGCCUUUAUCACUGAAGCAUUUUGAACAUAAUAUAAAAACAAUAAAACAUUUGUGGUCAGAUCUGCUGAGAAUUGAUGGUGUUAAAUUUUUAAGUCUUAGACGUCUUAAUCAAGAUCCGAUAGAAAACUUUUUUGGUCAAAUAAGGGCACAUGGUAAUUUUAGUACAAAUCCUAAUUGUACUCAUUUUGUAUCGGCUUUUAAAACCUUGUUGAUUAACAACAUUACUACCGGUAAAUCUUUAUACACUAAUUGUUCUGAUGAUGAUGACAAAAUGUUGGGAACAUUAAAACAUUUAGUCAGCCACCAAAAAUAUGGUUCAUACACUGAUAGUCUUCAAUGUAAUGAAACUAACUUUAUAGAAAUUUCUAUACCUAACGAGAAUAUAUUCCAACAUAAGUCUGUACCAUAUAUUGCUGGUGCAGUUUGUCGUUUUUUGAUGUCCAAUUUGAACUGCAAAGAUUGUGAUAAUUGUACAAAAGCACUAUUAUCUCAGAGAGAGUCAUUUCACGAAUUAAUUAAUUUAAGAGAAUAUAGUUCCAAUGUAGAUAGGUUAUGUUAUCCUUCUAAUAAUUUUAGUCAAAUGGUCUGGCAGAGUAUUUACAUUAUUGACAAGAUGAUGCCAUUUCUUUGCAGUGUUUAUAUUUAUUCUGACUUAAUAAGUAAUUUAAUAAAAUAUAUUGACACUACUUGGUACAACUGUAAUAUUCACAAAACGGCUGUUAUUAAAGCUUUUUGGUCCUACAUAGUUAGAAUGCAAGUUAAGCAGUGGUGUAUUAAUUUUAAUAAUAGAAUGAAUAAUAUUGAUUCAAGGCCUAAAGAUAUAGAAAUGGAAACUCUAAUCCGUGAGAAAGUCACAAAAGGAUUGAGUUAUAGAUCACAAAGAAGGCGUAGUUCCUAAUCUCACUUAAUUAAAGUUCUUCAUAGUAUUUUGUCCACAAUUAUUACGAUUUUUGCAAAUGAAAUUGAUGUUUUUUAAAGUGUAUUACCCACAUUUUUGUGGUUUUAAAUUAGCUAUUAUGCUUUCUGUUUAUUGUAUAAAAUCAUAGUAGUUUUUAAAAUAAUCUUCAUUAUGGUGACUGUUAAGCAAAUAGUUGUUAAAAUCUUAUAUACAUAAUUAUGCUUGUACAACCUAAAAUGAGCCUACCAGAUAAUUGUCAAGUAAAUAAAUUACAUUUCUACAAAAAGUAUUAUGUGUAUGUUUCCCAAAUUGUUCAUAUUUUUAUUGAUUUACAUUGUGCAGAAUUAGUAAUUUUACCUUUAAUUUAAUAUUAUAUUUUCAUUAUAAUGUAUUCAACAUUUUCUGUAUUUUGUAGCAUUUUUAGUAGCAAAUGUGCCAUUAUAUGAUAUUGCAAAAUGUUAAAUUAUGCAUGGAAUGCUUUUCGUGAGAGAAUAAUCAUAUUCAAAUAAAUUCUUAGUUUUGUGUUGUUAGAUUAGUUAUUAUACCUAAUGCAUAGUGUAUAAUAGUGAAUAGCUUAAGUAUGGCUCUUUAUAUUGUGUAAAAUUAUAGUGCUAGUCUUCACAAUUAUCUUAAUUUUGCUAACUGUUAAGCAAGCCGUUGUUAAAAUCUCAUAUGCAUAAUUAUGCUUGAACACGGUAAAAUAAAAAUGUUUAUGUUUCCAAAAUAGUU